AUGUGCCUCCUUCCCAUUCCUACUGGCAUGCUUGCAACCUUGGUUUUCGGGAUGAACCUGCGGGAUGCCGCAUUGGUGAUCUUGUUCUUCUCCAUGCUAACAUGCAUUCCCCCAGCUUUCAUGGGAAUUGGCGGCAUGAAGACGGGGUUAAGACAGCAGAUGCAGGCGAGAUACUCGUUCGGACGGUACAUAGCAACGAUACCUCUUCUCCUCAAUGCUGCAACUGUAACUGGUUUUACGCUCAUAUCGGCUGUGGUAGGUGGACAGACAAUCGCCGCCCUCAACCCUGAGAAAGUCAGCGUGAAUGUGGGCAUUGUCAUCGUAUGUGUCAUCAGUUUCGCCGCCUCGUUGCUCGGAUACAAGGCAUUGCAUCUGUGGAAUACCUGGACAUGGAUUCCGAACUUGAUAUCCCUCGUGAUCGCAGUCGGCUGUGGCGGCAAGCAUCUCCAUCUACAGGCAGAUGUCCCGGCCGCGACGGCUGCUCAAGUCCUCUCGUAUGGUGGAUUGAUCGCUGGAUACUUUAUUACAUUCGGUGGUACUGUAUCGGAUUACUCCAUCUACCACAACCCAAACGUGCGAAAGAUCAAGAUCUUCUCGUACUUUUAUGCCGGAAUGUUCCUGCCGUCCGUACCUCUUCUUAUACUUGGAGCUGCAAUCGGUGGUGCCGUCCCCAAUGUCCCGUCCUGGGCAGAUGCAUAUGAAAUCUCGGGAAUCGGGGGAAUCAUGUAUGAGAUGUUGACCCCUGCUAAAGGCUUUGGAAAGUUCAUCAUGGUUCUUCUUGCGUUGAGUGUCAUCGGAAACAUCGCCAUAUCGAUGUACUCCGUGGCUCUGAAUCUUCAAAUGCUGGUUCCUUUCUUUGCCAAGGUCCAUCGGUUCUUUUUCAUCACAGCCACCAUGGCACUCAUGAUUCCCUUCGCCAUAAAGGCAGCCGAGCAAUGGGAGGAGAGCUUGGAAAAUUUCCUUGCACUCAUUGGCUAUUGGGCUGGUUGUUUCGACGCGGUCAUUAUCGAAGAACUCGUGAUCAUCCGCAAGAUGGACUAUUCAACGUACGACCACGGCAUUUGGAACGUCGGGAGAAAGUUACCCAGCGGAAUUCCCGCCUUGCUGGCAUCCUUGAUCAGCUUCGCUCUAAUCGUCCCAGGCAUGGCAGAAGUUUGGUAUACCGGGCCGAUUGCCGAGACCACUGGCGAUAUCGGGUUCGAGAUGGCGUUCGUGGUGACUGCGCUGUUCUAUUUCCCCCUGCGCUGGUUAGAGAUUAGAUGGCGCGGCCACCUUUAA